CUGUGGUGGGAACCCAUUGGCUUAUUUUCAAUAAUUUCAAUAUACGCGUCAAGUUUGAUUUGCAUGUGAGGAGGGAUGAGCCCAACAAAGUUCAGGUUAUUUAUUUAGAUUUGAGUGAAGUAUGUGACUUAUUUGGAAGGUCCUAGUUCAGCGGCACUUGGAGUUGAAAUGAGAAGACAACAUUCCUUGUCAAGUUGUCAUACAACAAGACGAUAUAAACGGGCGUUAUCUACAACCUUCUCUUUUUGAAACCACUCAUCCUGGCAUUCUAGGAAAGGAGAAAGGCCUUGUUCAAAUCACCUGCUCUCAAAUUCGACAGAAAAAAGAAAUGCCGACGUUGAAUUUGUUCACAAAUCUGCCAGUGGAUGCAGUGGUGGCCUCUGACAUUCUCAAGGACGCCACCAAAGCCGUUUCUAAAAUCAUUGGCAAACCCGAGUCUGUUAAGUCUCUCCCUUUUCCCUCUUCUUGUCAUCGUUUUGUUGAUGUAUUUGUAUGUGAUGAUUUUGCUGAACGGGUCAGUGCCUAUGGCAUUUGCGGGCACGGAAGAACCGGCAGCCUACGGAGAAUUAAUCUCCAUUGGGGGCAUUGGACCGAGUGUUAAUGGAAAACUGAGUUCAACUAUUGCAGAAAUUCUGGAAACCAAGCUUUCCAUCGAUAGCUCCCGCUUCUAUAUCAAAUUUUAUGACGUUGAGCGGCCCUUCUUUGGGUUUAACGGCUCAACAUUUUGAUCACCACUGUUCUUGGCUAAUGUUUCUAUGAAGUGUAGAAGGUGAGGCUGGCUAAUGGCUUCUUCUCUCCCUCAGUUGUAAUUUUCUUUUACGUAAAAAGAAAACUCUUUAGUCUGUAUUCUCUGAUGAAAUUUGAACUGUUAUUUAGAUCAGAAAUAGCCAGUUGUGUAUUAUGCCAUACAUGAAAUUUAAACUGAUUAAACCGUGAUAUAGAAGUUAGAUGGUGCUUAUAUGUUAUGAGCUCAAGGCUUUGCAUUUUA